GUUUUUCUUUCAAAAUGAAAUAAUUGUCAUAACUCCUACCCAAGGUAGAUUCGCUCUGUUGAUCCGAAAGAUCCAUUGUGGGUGGGGGGCCUUUGAAGGAAGGAAAGGCCCUUCGGAACCACAGCCGGUAAUGUGAAAAUGGCGCACUCGACCAAAUUUCUCCGUCCGAUCAGACAAUCUAUUACUGUGAUAACCUCGUCUUAUCCACCAAUCUUUCAUUCCAGAAAAUCCUAUUAUGCCAAAUUUGAACCUUUAAAGACGUUGAUAAAGGCCCUUGAACCUGUUCUUCGCAACCGCGUGUCAGCAUUUGAGCGUCAAUUAAUCCCACGGAGAAAAUAUUUCUGUUUUUCAGGGCAUAAGCUAAGUAUCGGAUGCAUACUUGCUGUGUCAGUUGUAAUGGGGUCUAGAAGCUUUCAGCCUCGUGUUGUUUAUGCUAUGGAUGAUGCUUUGGAUGAGGAAGAAGAUCCGCGGACCUUCUGGAUGUUUGCCCAGAAAUUCUGGCUACCUGGUUUUUUAUUUCUUACUGUGUUGACAAACUUGGAUCAUCCUAUUGCACUCAUUGCAAUCAAAAUUAUUUUGUUACUCCUAAGCACAAAUCCUAGUCCUCUCUCAGUCUAUGUUUUUGUUGGUCAGAUCAAUGGUCUAUUAAAUUGGGGUAGCUGCUUUGAAUUUAAAUGGAAACCAAGGCUUUGUUGAGUGAGUUAUGUUAUCAAUCCAUGCGCAAAGAGCCUCACUUGUACAGAAAAAAGGUGUGCCCAUUUUUCUACUAUUUGCAUUGACUUUUUAUUCCAAUACUUUUCUCCAGUUUUUAUGGCGCGUAAGGUUAUAUAUAUGUACUGGAUAUGGCAUCUGGUGAGAGUUUUUUGGAUGGCCGUGACAGUUUACUUGGGCUUGCAAGUACACAUGCUUAUUGAGGGAAGUUGGUUCUACCAAUACUUAUGUCAAACGGGCAUCACUCCACCCAUUGGAUGCCCAUUCCAUGAUUUUAGAAGCUUAUUAAAAAUUAGUUCCCCCUCCCCACGAUUUUUAACUUUUUAUUUAUUUUUUAUUUUUGUAUUUCUCCCAUCUUAUAAUUCCUGGUUCUGCCCUUGCUUAUAAGGAAAGAAUGGAGAAGAAACAGGAUAAAGAAUAGAACAUGAUGUGUUUUCCUAAUUCUCUCUUUCAAACGCUUAUCAGGCUGCAGUUUCUCAUAGCCACGUGUAUUCAUAGCUAAAUUUGGACUGCCUAUAUAUCAUCUGCAACAAUUGAUCCAUGAUCUGAUUAUGCGCCUAUGUUUCCAUGGAAAUUAUUCAAUGACUUCUUCGAA